ACCAAGAAGUUUCCUAAACGGAACAGCAACUGCUGUGAUUCAACAAAGCAGGGUAUUCACUCCCCAACUCCAGUAGACAGUAGCAGUGUACCCAUCUACGACACGCCUAGUUGGGACACAACCUACUGUAAACCUGGGCACAACCUUACCACGGACCAUGACUGCUUCAUGGAGGAAAACCCAGUGUACCUGAUGGCAACCAAUACAAGAGACAAAGAAUACUCUGAAGCAGAAGAAGCACACACAUCACAACAUGUUUAUGAGGCACUUUAAAGAAAGUCUACUGAAGUAUACACUAACUAAAAAAACUCUAAACUCACAUUAGAGCUAUAGUUUGUAACCUUUAGUUAAGCAUA